UAAGGCAUGCCUCUGAAUUAUUCAUUAUUUUAAUUUACACCUUUGUAUCCGUUCACUGAGUCUGUCUGUCUGUAAAUGGCAAGAGAAAUGAGCUUCCCUGCAGCAGUACUCACAGCCCUUUCCGUUCUUUUGCUACUCCAUCAAACUUUCAGUGUUAAGGAUAUUCAUCUUGCCGAUGCAGGUUGUUCUCCUUCUUCCUGUUGCAAUAUCCAAAACAUAAGCUAUCCAUUUCGAUUAAUGGAGGAUCCACCAAACUGCGGCGACCCAAGGUAUAACCUGUCAUGUGAGAACAACAUUACUGUCUUAUACAUAUAUGGUGGAAGGUACUAUGUGCGAGAAAUCAAUUACAGGGACUACACAAUCCGAAUAGUAGACUCGGGUAUUCAGAGAGAUCAUUUCUCUUCUAUCCCUCGUUUUUUUCUAUACGAUAUUCAUAGAAAUCACUCACCACAUUUCUCAACUCCAACGGGCACAUAUUGGCAUCACUCUAAGCCUGAAUCAUUACCAACUACUAUGGUUUUCUUGAGUUGUGAAAAGCAAGUGAAUUCACCCUCUUAUUGGAACGUUUCAAGUACUAAUUGCUUUACGAACGGAGUAUAUUCUUCCAACUCUACAUCGUCUUCCCAGAUGCAUAGAUAUGUUGCAUAUGAUCUAACUCUAUAUCCAGAGGAGGUGGAGGAAUCUUGUCGAAUAGAGCAAAUAUCCCUAAUUAUAUCGACGGAAGCCCUUCAAUAUACAAAUUGCUACCUCGAUGACGCGAAUAAAAUUCAAUGCUUUAAUGAUACUACAGGAUCAUCAUCAGGAUUCUUCAAAAGACUGGAGGGCGCAUACAAUGACGUUGCAUCACCCAAAAAGUUGAUUCUACUGGUUUUCUAUCACGGGCUACUAUACCUUAUAGCAAAAAUGGUAAUGGGGACUCCAUUUGUGCUUGCAUUCUUGAUCUAUAAAUGGCGAAUGAGGCAUUUGUCAAUGUAUGAUGCUAUUGAAGACUUUCUACAAAGUCACAACAACCUCGCACCGAUAAGAUAUUCAUACCCACAAAUUAGGAAGAUGAGCAAGAAUUUCAAGGACAAACUAGGUGAAGGAGGUUAUGGAACUGUAUUUAAAGGAACACUUCGAAGUGGCCAACUCGUGGCAAUAAAGAUAUUAACUAAGAGCAAAGCUAAUGGGCAAGACUUUAUCAGUGAGGUUGCAACCAUUGGAAGAAUUCAUCAUGUUAAUGUAGUGCAACUCAUUGGUUUUUGUGUUGAAGGAUCAAAGCGUGCUCUUGUAUAUGAGUUCAUGUCUAAUGGGUCUCUCAAUAACCAUAUUUUUAUGAAUGAAGGAAGUAUCCUCAUAAGAUACAAGAAAAUGCAUGAAAUUGCUCUAGGGGUGGCCCGUGGUAUUGAAUACUUGCAUCAAGGUUGUGACAUACGGAUUUUGCAUUUUGAUAUAAAGCCUCACAACAUUCUUCUUGACGAAAAUCUUAAUCCCAAGCUUUCUGAUUUUGGCUUAGCAAAAUCGUAUCCAAUAGCUGAUAGCAUUGUUUCAUUGACUGCUGCAAGGGGAACAUUUGGAUACAUGGCUCCUGAGUUUUUCUAUAAAAAUAUUGGAGGCAUCUCAUACAAAGCUGAUGUUUAUAGUUUUGGAAUGUUAUUGAUGGAAAUGGCAGGUAGAAGAAAGAAUUUGAAUGCAUAUGCAGAACAUUCAAGCCAAAUCUACUUUCCCACAUGGGUCUACGACCAAUUGCAUGAUGGAAAUGAUAUAGAAAUGGAGGAAUAUGCCACAAAGGAGGAAGAGGAAAUAUGUAAGUUGAUGAUCAUAGUUGCUUUAUGGUGUAUACAGAUGGAGCCUAGUGAUCGCCCUUCAAUGAACAAAGUCGUAGAAAUGCUUGAAGGAGAAGUUAAAUCCUUACAACUACCUCCUAAGCCUUUCUUUUCAUUACUAGAGCAACAAAUUGAGCAUAAUGUGGAGAUUUCAAAUCAAGAUUGCUUACCAAUGCAUUCAAAUGAAUCAAGUCAAUCCAGUACUCAAUCAUAGAAUCUCUCAAUCAAUAACAUAAUUCUAUCAUCCCUAGUCAAGGAAGCUGGCAGGUCUUCUCAUCUUUGAUAUAACUCAAAGAUGUUUCAUAUUUCUAUGCAAUAAUGAAUGUUGGUGUGGUAUUUGAUAACUCUGCAUAUUCCUAUUGUAGUUUUCUUAUUUAUUCUCUUUACUCAUACUUUGAAUUA